CUGGCGGCGGCUCUCCGAGAGGCUGGUUCCUAUUUAAACUCAGGCAAGGAGGAAAAUGGCGGCGAGGAGCUGAGUCUGGGGGACUUGGGGGAGAGGAGACGCUAGCGAGCUCUGGCUCCCUUCCCUGCACUCAUGAAAAGUAUUUUGAGAAGACCAGUUUAGAAAGCUACCACUACGCUAUUUCUGAACACCAAAAAAGCAGGAGGUGAUUUACAAUGAUUACUGGUCCUGAUGGUCCACUGAAAAGUCUUCUCUGCUUGAAUGUGUGUUAAGGACAACAAGAGCAAGAACAGACAGUGUUGUGGUUUCCCAGAAGCAAAAAGCAAAAGACAAGUCAGUCAAGUUGCUGAUGUAAACUCAGUUGGCUGUUGCUCAAUCAAGAUGAGUGGAUUGGGAGAAAGCUCCUUGGACAGUUUGACCAGUGAGUCAAGGAAACGCAAGCCAUUGCCCUGUGAUGCCCCAGGACCAGGUCUGAUCUGCAGUGGUGAGAAACGCCGACGUGAGCAGGAAAGCAAAUAUAUUGAGGAGCUAGCUGAGCUGAUAUCUGCUAAUCUGAGUGACAUUGACAAUUUCAAUGUCAAACCAGAUAAAUGUGCAAUUUUAAAGGAAACUGUAAGGCAGAUCCGGCAGAUAAAGGAACAAGGAAAAACAGCAUCCUGUGAUGAUGAUGUACAGAAGGCUGAUGUAUCUUCUACAGGUCAAGGGGUUAUUGAUAAGGAUUCAUUGGGACCUCUUUUACUACAGGCAUUGGAUGGUUUCCUGUUUGUAGUAAAUCGAGAUGGGAACAUUGUAUUUGUAUCAGAAAAUGUCACACAAUAUCUGCAGUAUAAACAAGAGGAUUUGGUUAAUACAAGUGUCCACAGCAUCUUGCAUGAAGAGGACCGGAAGGACUUCCUUAAAAACUUACCUAAAUCUGCAGUUAAUGGAGUUGCUUGGACCAAUGAAACACCUAGACAGAAGAGUCAUACGUUUAAUUGCCGCAUGAUGGUAAAAACAUCUCAUGAUCUUUUGGAUGAUGUUGGCAGCAACCAGGAGUCGCGUCAGAGAUAUGAAACCAUGCAGUGUUUUGCUUUAUCUCAGCCAAGAGCUAUGAUGGAAGAAGGGGAAGAUUUGCAGUCCUGUAUGAUUUGUGUGGCACGUCGCAUCACUACAGUGGAAAGGGUAUUUCCAACAAACCCAGAAAGCUUUAUUACGAGACAUGACCUUUCAGGUAAACUCGUCAACAUAGAUACAAACUCAUUACGGUCUUCCAUGAGACCUGGCUUUGAAGAUACAAUCCGUCGGUGUAUUCAGAGGUUUUUGUGCCAUAAUGAUGGACAGUCCUGGUCAAACAAACGCCACUAUCAAGAAGCUUAUAUACAAGGCCAUGCUGAAACUCCACUGUAUCGGUUCUCCUUAGCAGAUGGUACUAUAGUGACGGCACAAACAAAGAGUAAACUGUUACGAAAUCCAGGAACUAAUGACCGUCAUGGAUUUGUCUCCACCCACUUCCUUCAAAGAGAACAGAAUGGAUAUCGUCCAAAUCCCAAUCCAGUGGGACAAAACAUCAGAGCAUCUACAGCUGGAAGCACAAAUUCUGUUGGUGCUAUUAUGAACAUGUCACCAGGUCAAAGCAUGCCAAUGCAGAACAGAAACUAUGGCAUGGGAGAUCCCAGUGCGAUGGGACAGAUGAGCGGCAUUAGAUACAUAGGUCCUGGUAAUAUUGGACCCAUCAACUCUGGACCAGGAAUGCAGUCCUCUCCUUAUCAGAACAACAAUUAUGGGUUAACUAUGAGUAGUCCACCACAUGGUAGUCCCAGCUUGACUUCCAACCAACAGAACUUAAUGAUUUCUCCUAGGAAUCGUGGGAGUCCAAAAAUGGGUUCACACCAGUUUUCUCCAGUUGCAGGUAUGCACUCGCCAAUGGGAUCUGCUAGCAACACUGGCAACAACAGCUUCUCUAGCAGUUCCCUUAGUGCCCUUCAAGCCAUUAGCGAGGGGGUUGGAACUUCCCUUCUAUCAACACUUUCCUCACCAGGUCCAAAAUUGGAUAAUUCCCCAAAUAUGAAUAUAGCUCAGCAAAGUAAAAUGGGCAACCAGGACUCAAAGAGUCCUUCUGGCUUGUAUUGUGAACAAAGUCAAGUGGAGAGUUCUAUGUGCCAGUCAAACAGGGACCUCCUUAGUGACAAAGACAGUAAAGAAGGAAAUCUGGAAGGGUCUGAGAGUCAGAGGGGACCAAGUGAAAGCAAAGGUCAUAAAAAGCUCCUUCAGUUACUCACAUGCUCCUCAGAUGAGAGAGGGCAUUCUACGUUGUCAAACUCACCAUUGGACUCUGGUUGUAAAGAAUCUUCUACCAAUGUUACAAGUCCCUCAGGAGUCUCCUCUUCUACAUCUGGAGGGGUCUCUUCCUCAUCAAACAUGCAUGGGUCCCUGCUACAAGAAAAGCACAGGAUUUUGCAUAAAUUGUUACAGAAUGGUAAUUCUCCAGCAGAAGUAGCAAAGAUCACAGCUGAAGCUACUGGUAAAGAUACCUACCAUGACUCCAGCAAUACAGCCCCCUGUGUAGAAGGAACUAUCAAACAGGAACAACUGAGUCCUAAGAAGAAGGAAAACAAUGCUCUACUCAGAUACCUACUAGACAAGGAUGAUAUAAAGGAUCCACUUUCAAAAGAAAUGAAACCUAAGGUAGAAGUUCUGGAUAAUAAAAUGGGACACUGCAGUAGCUCCACUAUUCCUACUUCAAGCCAAGAAAAAGAGAUUAAAAUAAAAACAGAACCUUCUGAAGAGAUGAGUGGAGACUUGGAUAAUUUGGAUGCAAUACUGGGUGAUCUGACUAGUUCUGAUUUUUACAAUAAUGCUAUGUCUACAAAUGGGAGUAGUCUUGGAACUAAGCAAACAUUAUUUCAAGGAAAUGCCCCAUUGGGUAUGAGAAGUCCCCAAUCUGUGCAGACUACCCGUCCUCCUUUCAACAGAGCCAUGUCUUUAGACAGCCCAAUACCUGUGGGUUCAAGCCCUCCAGUGAGGAGUGUCAAUGCAUUCUCCAUGUUACAAAAGCAAAACAUCAUGGGUGGGAGUCCAAGAAUGAUCGAGAACCAGGAAAAUUUUGGAUCAAACAUGGGUGGACCCAACAGAAAUAUGGCUAUGAAUCAGCAUCCAGCAGGAGACUGGGUUUUGCCAAGCUCUAAGGUUAACAGACUGGAACCUACAAAUUCUGGUUCAAUGGUGAGACCAGGACCAGACUAUAACCCAUCCCUUCCCAGACCUACAGUGGGUGGCUCCAUGCCUGGUUUGCCCAUCCGGUCUAAUAGCAUACCUGGUACAAGACCAGUGCUACAACAGCAAAUGAUUCAUAUGAGGCCUACUGAGAUUAAUAUGGGUAUGGGAGGUAAUCCUUAUGGGCAAACAGGACCAUCUAACCAGCCAGGAUCAUGGCCUGAUAGCAUGCUGUCCAUGGAGCAAGGACCUCGAGGGUCACAAAACAGACAAUUAGUUAGAAGUUCUUUGGAUGAUUUCUUAUGUCCACCUCCUAACAUGGAAGGCCAGAGUGAUGAAAGGGCUCUUUUAGAUCAGCUGCACACCUUGCUGAGUAACACAGAUGUCACAGGAUUGGAGGAAAUUGACAGAGCAUUAGGAAUUCCUGAUCUUGUAAAUCAAGGGCAAACUUUGGAACCCAAGCAAGAUUCAUUUCAAGGUCAGGAAUCUGCAGUUAUGAUUGACCAGAAGCCUCCAUUAUAUAGUCAGCCCUAUCAGGGGCAAGGGGCAGCAAUGCCAGGAGGUUUUACUAACAUGCAGGGACAACAGCAAUCCUUUAAUUCAAUGAUGAAUCAGAUGAGCCAACAGAGUAAUUUUCCACUGCAAAGUAUGCAUCCUAGAGCAAGUCUAAUGAGACCCCGAACCAAUACACCAAAGCAGCUCAGAAUGCAACUUCAGCAGAGGCUUCAGGGGCAGCAGUUUUUGAAUCAGACCCGUCAAGCACUUGAGAUGAAAAUGGAAAACCCAGGUACUGGUGGUGCCCCAGUCAUGAGGCCAGUCAUGCAGCCGCAAGUGGGGUCACAGCAGCAAGGUUUUCUUAAUGCUCAGAUGGUGGCUCAGCGCAACAGGGAGCUAAUAAGUCAUCAUAUCAGACAGCAGAGGAUGGCAAUGAUGAUACAGCAGCAACAGCAACAACCUCAGACCUUCAGUCCACCACCAAAUGUGACUGCCUCAGGAAGCAUGGACAGUUCUCUGGCAGGUCCCCCAAUGGCUCAAGUUCCUUCGCAGCAAUUCCCAUAUCCACCUAAUUAUGGAAUAAGCCAACAACCUGAUCCCACAUUCAGUAGAGUAGCAAGCCCUCCCAACCCAAUGAUGUCAUCAAGAAUUAGAGCCUCUCAAAAUCCCAUGAUGCAGCACUCUCAAACAGCAGCAAUGUACCAGUCCCCUGAGAUGAAAGGCUGGUCAUCAGGAAACAUGGCCAGGAGCAGUUCUUUUCCACAGCAGCAGUUCAGCCAUCAAGGGAGCCCUACAACUUAUAAUCUGAUGCAUAUGAAUGGCAGCAGUGGUCAUAUUGGACAAAUGAACAUUAACACCAUGCCUAUGUCAGGGAUGCCUAUGGGUCCAGACCAGAAAUACUGCUGACACCUAAAACCGUGAUCUCCCAAAGUAGAAUGAUCUAUAUUAAUGAUGAUGCACUAGUAUUACAAAGAAAAGCUACAUAUUCUACGUGGCAACUAGUACUGGCCUUAUGGAAAUAACUGAUUUUUCCAGCUGAUCACCAAGAUGUCCCAAGUGACUUCAUACAAAAAAGACUUUUUUUUUAGUAGAAGCAGUCUCUCUGUAUUACUGUAUAUUGUGGUGUACAAAACAAUGGUCAUAAAUACUUUUGGCACUCUGCCUCUAGAAAUGUGAAUUUGGGAAUGGCAUUUUAGUAAAUAUGAUGGGUAGACUCUAUGUAUACCACUUCUAUUUACUGUAGCUAUCCAAAGCCCUUUAACUACAGGCAGGCAAAAGUGCCUGGAGAAGUCAUGGUAGAUAAGAAUUCUGAUUUCUCUAGUAAGAAUAUCUGAAAGAGAAUGUAGUUCCUAGCCUUGACUCUUUUAUAUUAAUUCCUGAAUACAAAUGCUGCUUUUAACCUCUUAUCCCCAGGAGUCAGGAUUUCCAAGCAUAGUGGCAAUGCAGAAUGAAUUGACAUGUAAUGUUCCAAAAUCCUGCCCAUUGAUUCCAAGGGGGGUUACAGAGAAAAUAAAUUAAAAUUAUUUAAACAUAAUCGUGACUAAUAUUUAAAUUUUGAUGUGCAGCUGAGUGCACUUUAUAAAAGGCUAUAUAACGGAUUAAUGCAAUAUCUUUGAUAAGGAUUAAAUAAACCGAAAGGUAGGGUGUACUCAUGUUCUUUUUCAAAUCCAAUCUUUUAAGAAUUGUUGAUUGAAAAGACUGUGUACUGUAAUGUUUUAUGUUAUUGGAAAUUAGAGCAAUAAUCCUUCAUGUUUUUUGGGGGGGAAAAAACCUUCAGAAAAAUCAAGGCAAGGCACUGCAGUCUGAAUCAGAAUUUUGCAGGGUUUUUUUUUUUUUGUGAAUAAAUUUUGUAAAUAUGAUCAAGAAUUGUAUUAUAUAUAUAUGACUUUUGUAGGUCACUAACUCAUUUUUGCAGAGUUUGUGAAGCUAAAUAUUUAACAAAGUUGAUUUCUGUAAACUCAUCUUAGUUGAGGUCCAGAUAGAAGACCUUUCAAUUUUUUUUUUUUUUUUUUUUUUAAUUUAAUGACCUUGGAGUUGGGUGACUUUGGCCCAUAUCUUUUUCUUCUUUGGUCUUUGCCACUUAUUUUAUAUCUUUAACAUAAUAGCUUUUUAAAAAUAUAAUUUGUUUAGGGUUAAGCAAUUGGUUAAUGCUUUCUCCACAUUAAGUGAGCACUUUGUUACAUUUCAUUUUUUAUAGAGGGCAAUUUGACAAAAAAGGCUCCCUGGAUUGUAAGCUGUCAUGACUUGUCAUAACAGUUCAUGGGGUUUUAUAUAGCCUUUUUAGUUAAUGAGUCCGUACUGUCAGGACUUUUGGUUAUCUUUAAUGAACCCUAAAUGUUUUUCUAGAAAAGAUGCCUAUUGCUAAGUAUUUCUUGUUAAUUACUUCUCCACCAUCACAUCUUACAGCAAGCAACUCAUUUGUUGUCACAUGACAUCCAGAAAUCUUUAUGGAUAUUAAGCCACAGUUUAACCAAAUGUCUGCACCUCUUUGGAUUGUUCUAUUGUAAUGAAUGUAUUUUCCAAACAAGUGUCUCUACUAUCAGUAUUCAUGUUAGGUUACAAGUCUAUUCAUCUUUACCUGUUGACAGGUUGUAUUUUUUGUCCAUAAAACGAAGAUGCUAUUACAGAUUAUCCACUUUCAGACAGAUGGCGAUUGAAACCUGGAAACUUCCAUAAGGGUGUGAACCAGAAAUGUUUUAAGGAAUGUGGUGCUUUUGUUCUAUUGUUCAUUGUGUAAUGGAAAACAGAAUUCUCCUGAGUGAGUGAAAAUCAGUGAUUCUGAUCAUUUCUUUUUGGUACUGUAACUAUGAAGUCAUAUUUUGUUUUGCAGUAACUUGAAGGAACUUCCAUGUUCUUCCAUUUUAAUUAAAAUAAUUUUCUGUGCAAAAAUUCACACAACUUUCAUCCUAUAUCUACAGCCACAGUCCUACUCCACAAGGCAGGCAGGCGCAAUAAAAAUCUGCUUUUUAUGCAGCCUAGUCUGUACAAUCAGCAUUGAGAACAUAGAUUUGGCUGUAGUAAUUUAGUUGUUUCCACUCCUCAGUCUGGUUCAUCUGUGUUGUAAUGCAUGACAUUUAAAAGCAUAAGGAACUGUUUUCCCCUUUCUUGCUUUUUAGAAUCCACCUGCUGGUUGAGUCAGUGCAACGUAAUGGAGUUGAAAGGCAACAAUCCCUUGCUUUUUAUAUUAAAUCAGAAUAGAAUGAUUUUAUAUCUUGUAGUUGUUCAUUAUAUUGAUGGAAGCUGCAACCCUUGAUUGCUUUGACUAGUGAAAUCUUCAGGAUAUGUACUACUUUAUGCUUUUUGCCCUUAACUUUUUUUUUUUGAGAAUGAUUCUAUUUAUAUUUCUAAAAUGUGGUACCUGAUGGAUGUUACAAAAGAUCCUUCUUCUCUCAUCUGCUUUUAGAAUGUUGUUUUUUUCCCAGUAAUUACUUUUUGCUGAAUCCAAAGAUUUGUUUUAAUUCAAAUAUGAUAAAAAGAUAAGCCUUUUUAAACCUUUUAAAAUUAGUGUUAUUGAAACCUUUUAAGACAACAAUCUAAAUAUUUCACCUAGGUUGAAAAGUGUAUUUACUAAACUAAACAGUCCUUUGAUUUUGGUGGUAUUUGAUAUCUCCAAUAAUUGUGUUUUGGUUCUACAGCAGCAAAGUUUUCUGAAUGAUUCAAGAAGCUGUGUAACUAUUUUUGACAGUAUGAUUACAGUUUACUAGUGUAACCAGUUGAAUCACUACUGCAUAGCAGACAUAGUCUCACUACAUGCCUGCCAGGUUUCCUGUUGAUUAUAGAAACCAUGUGUUAUAAAAUCCAUUAGCAAUUUUUUAUUCAAUCUCAUCCUAAAUUUGUGCUUUUAAUGUGAGGAAUUCAAGAUCAUUUUUUAAAGCUAUAAACAAAACUAUUUGAAUGUUGUACCAAUUAGCACACAUUUUAUUUUAGAUUUCAAGUGGAGACGGAUGAUAGAAUGAUACAGCAAGUAUGAAACCAUAUAAUGCUGAGAGCAAUAUUUUAAAAAAAUUCUCAGGAGAAGGCAUACAGUAUUGAGAAUUGCAUUUAAAUUUAGUUUACAUUAAAGUACUGCUUGAAAUGUGUGUAUCUUUACAUUGCAAAAACAAAAAACCAUAUGGGCUGAUUUAUAAAAGGGUUGGUUAUAAAGUAUUACUGCUCUUCUGAUUUUUGUGUUUUGAUGUUAAUAAUAAUGUAAAUAAAGGUUUCUAUUUAAAACCAGAA